GCCGCAGUACUGCCUCCCCAAUGGUAUGGCCGGGGGUUUAUCUACAGUACUUGGGCAAGCAUGGGGAGAGCUUAGUGAUGCACUCGCACCGCCCUGAAGGAUAAGGGUGGUUGGGGCUUAUGUCCGUGGGCUAAGCCGAAAAAAAUCAAAAAUCCUCCCACUGUGGAUUGCUUUUGACGCCGCUGCACGGGAAAGACAUAAAUUUACGGUAGACAAUAGCCUUACUGCUUGACCGGCAGCCUCCCACGCAUCCGAUGAUAAAUCGGAGGGAGCGAUGUGUGCAAAAAUGGGGUAUGGCUUGGUGGCACAAUAGGGUUGGUUUGCUAAUGAUUUAAGUCACUUCCCGCCCGCACCUGUUUGUUCCGUGCUUUUUUUUUUUUUUGAACGCAUUUUGCUCCAACUUGAACGCUUGAAUGUUCGUGAACCGAAGUUACAAUGUCCGGUACCAUGUUUCUCGCCAUCGCUGUUCCCCCGGCGAGUGAGGGCGAUGGCCCUAUUGAGAUGUACGCGAGCGACGACGAGUUCAACAGCAACGUCUUGAGGGAGGAUGGGGCGGGGUCGGAUUCGGCACAACUCGACCUGUUCGCAGCGGCAAAGAAGAUGCUUUGGAUGCAUCCUGGAAUAAAUGGUGUUGUUAGGAAUGCUUUGAGUCGCAUGAAGAAGGCUUUUGCAUAUAAUUCGGUGUUCUUCCUCAAAGUUAUUCUGGACCUUCAGGCAACCUAUCACUCGCUACCACAACCCCCCUCCUUCCCGGAUGACGUUUAUCUCGAUAUCGAUUUGGUGUUGAGGAUAGCGGAGGUUUUGGCUGGGAGAAUGGUGAGGAAGGACAAGGAUGGCGUUUCGCCUUCGAGAGAGCUACAGCUCAGAACACUGGUUUCCGCCCUAUCACUCUUGUAUCAGCUGAGGAUCGGGAAACUCGACAACAGUGCCUACGCAAAGUUAUUGAAAGAUAUUUCCGAGAGGGACUAUGACAACCGGGCGAGGUACACGGAGGAUUCCGGGGAGUGGGUUAGCAAUGGAGAUGUCGAGUUUCUCGUUCGUUAUGCAUGCGAUCUCAUUCGCUGCAUGCCUAGCGAGCUUCCGAAAUUCACGGAGAUGAACUCUCAGGCUAUACAUUUCCUCUUCGCAGCCGGUUACAUUGUAGGUUAUCCGGUUUUUGGCCUUAUUCGUUCGUUUUUGCUGACCUUUUGUUAAGAAUCAGCUUGAAGGCGCGACAACACCAACAGCUCUUGAUAAGAUAUGGGCUAGAAUAACGGCUCCACCUUCAGGAUGGCACAAAGACGUGCGCCACCUCUACGAGGGAACCGCAGGGGCGAUAUCUCUCCACCACCAGGCUCAAUACGGCAGCGACAUUGGGCGUGCCUCGCAGUAUGCUAGCAUUUUAGCAACGGAAAUUGCUAAAUCUAUUGUCGAUAAAAUAGAGCUCGGCCUAAGGGCAUUCGUUCCCUCGGGGGGAUCGGUCAGUGAUGACGGGCGUAGCAUUGUGCGGGAUGAAACAGGAGAUCUCCCGAGUCUUGAAACUAGAUUACUGGUAUCUGGCCUCCUUGAUCUGACGGGCCAGCUGGUUAUGGCGUUCCCGGAAUGCGAUGAGAUUGUGGAGGGUGCCAAGUCGUUGGCGCUGAAACUGAUUCUGACCUCGGAUAAGAAGGAGUUUCGAAACAAAGCCGUAAGUAUUCUUUGGGUGUUUCAGGUUGGAAACGUGGCUUAUGGUUAAAUUUGUAGUUCGAAAUCAUUAUCUCAGCUACCGCUGGCUGUAGUGAGGAGGAGUAUUAUAACAUAAUGCGAAACUUAGACCUUGAUAUUGAGAACAUAUCACAAGCCGGAAUCCUGCCUCCCACGGGCGAAGACGAAUCAUUAAGGGUGGAAGAGCUGAAAAGGGAGAAACGAGACGCCAUGGAUCGUUGCGAGAGGAGGUCGAUUCUUUACAAAGGUGCCGUCGAAUCCAUGCAACGGCGACUGCAGGGAAUGCGGGCUGCAUAUUCACCAAUUCGGAUAUCACAGACUAUCAAUGAGGUUCUACAUCUGGCACCGUGGGAUGAAGGGCCUAGAUCCACCGCUUCAACGAGCAUGCCCGGCAGCCAGCACAGCCAAGUGCCAACUCUGUCCAGCCAGGCACCAACCUGCGAUACAAACGUUAGCAGAACAUCAACCCCUACUUGUGAAUCGGCGCUCAGCCCUCUUGUGACAUUAUUCAGCCCCACCGAUUCGACACCGUGCAAGGCUUUCUCAUCACCCACAGAAAGUACCUGCCACACCUUGCUAAGCCCAGCCCCCGGAGAUGACUCGCCAAUCGAAUCCCCUGUUCUCCCCGCUUUGGCCUCGCCAAAUAUGACACCUACGAGUAAUACCGCCUACCCUGCACCAACCACACCCCACGAAGCCAUUACGCCAAACCUGGACACCACCUUGCGCUUCAAUGGGCUCGACCAAUUAUUUGCCGACGCCAUGUUUGAGGAGCCUGAACUUUAUGACGGAGACCUCCCCUCCGGGUCUAACGUGGGGAAGGUGGACUUUGAGCUGCCCAUCCAAUCAUUCGAGGUCGAAGACGAUCGCUCGACAUUACCACUGCCAGAGGAAGGCGAAGAAGAAGGAGCAUUGGAAACUUCGGAUUCCGAAAAAUCGCAACCCAUGAACUCCCAACGCAUAUCUGUUUACAGCCAGGCCAUGGUUGAGCCACCGCUCCGAUCGCCCACCUCCACUUACCCGGAGCCUUCCUUGUCGCGAACGCCAUCGGGUCAAACGCAAACGGGUUCGCUGAAGCGCCAGUCACGCGCAAGCAGAUUUUUUUCGCGAAGACCCGGGUUGUUCGCUAGCCGUGAUUCGAGACGUUUCCACAGUCUGCAACUCAAUAAGCCUCUCCCAUGUAUCGACAGGGAGACGAUUCUUGCCGAGGAUGCACCUGAGCCUGUACUUCCUGGACAACCGGCGCAGCCUGUCAGGUCGCAGUCAGCGUUGGAAAUGCGGAGUGACAAGAUGGAUGACUUUGGGAUGGAAAGGGCCUCACCGCUGAGCCAAUAUCCCUCUAAAUUUGGUCUUCCAGUAUUACACCCAAUACACUGUGGCGUUGAGCCGGUUCCUGCCGAAGCAAACUCCCUAAUAGAGUACGAGAGUCAACCGGUUGAAAGUGUUUUUAAGGUGCAAUGCAAGGACUCGUGCUUCAGCACUUUUAUAUCAUCAGAUGCUAAAUAUGCCGUCUACAUGUCGCCCCAGUCCUUUCAAGUCUUUUCAACACCUUCGCCCGGAGAGAACGUAUCGACAAAACCAAAAUUCCACUACAGAUUGGGUUCGGCAGAGGGCAUUCGAAAAGGGAAGGUGCCAUGGACAUACAAGGCGGGAGCUGCUUCGGGCAAGUACAUUGUGGCGAUCACCAAAGAGAAGGUAAGCACCUCGAAUCCUGUAAGCUAAUAAUUGAUCCUAACAUUUUCCUCCCCUCUUCCCCUGACAGGUCCAGGUUCAUGAAAUCGAAGACUGUAAGGUCAUCUUCACAGAAUCCACAACCGGCUGGGAGAAUGCUUGCGUAGCCAUCGGAGGUGACAAGAUAGUCGUCGGAAUGUCUAAGAAGAUACGCGAUGAAACCCAAGGCCUAAUCCGAAUCUACAAGAUGAAUGCACCAACAUAUCAGGGCCUCCGGUGCGAACGGAUAAGAGACCUCCACCUCCCGCUGGACAUCCGCGCAACCCCGGACGCUCCGCACAUAAUCUCAUUGACCCAAGAUGGCAAUCACCUAACCUGCGCGACAUCGAAAUGCGGCUACUUUUUCUCCUGGGACAUUUCCCGCGUGCGAGCGAAGGACCCGCACCUAAUUGCUAGCGGUGCGCUAAACGUCACCGAAGUAGGCUCCCUCCAUCCCUCCCGUAUGUGAUACGAAAAACUAACCUCUCCCAGGGCCCCGGCGCCGAGACCCUCUCCAACGCAAUUCUCUUCCCCGAUAAACGCCACAUCUUCUGCAGCACCUUCCCAGCCAGCACCGUAGAAGCAGAAUGGUGUGGCUCCUUUACCGAACCCACGAGCAUCUCCUCCACGACACCCUCCCAUCGCCCAAUCCGCCAGGUUGGCCUCCGAGUAACGCACUCCACCGUCGCGCCCCUCGGCAACGCAGCAGCGUUCCUGACCAAGUCUGGCCUCAUCUGGAUUAUCCCCGUUACGCAUGUCGAGGGUGACAAUAACCUGACUACCUUUAGUACGCUGCAUAGUAAAGAGCGCAUGCAAGGGCAGCAGACUCCCGAGAGUGCGGGGAGGAUUGCGUUCACACCAGAGGGUGACAGACUCGUUGCAGUGGACAGAAAGGGGAAGAUGCUCACAUUGAGUUUUGGCCGGAAGUGCGCAAGCACGCAGUUUGUUCCCAUCAAGUCGGAGGUCGGGGGAUUCUAUUAGAUUGUGGUAGGUGGUAUGUGCGAGGGAAAAGAAGAAAUGAAGGUAGAAUCAUUUCGAGGGUGUUUUAUUUUUUUCUUAUUCCAUUAUUACUUUUAAUUCCAGAUCGAUUUCUUACCCCCCUUUCAUUCUUUUAGCCUUUUCUUCCUUCAUAGACAUUUUUCUUAUGCGCUUUUGGGAUUGGGCGGGUGCAGGAGUUUCAUUCAUUCAUUUAUUCAUUUAUUCAUUCAUUCCCAUCAUUGCAUAGCGCGGUGGGAGCGGGGCUUGUUUGGUUGGGUCGUUUGGUCUGGUGGGGGGGGGGGGGGUACGGGCGAGGGGCGUAAAGGUGCAUGAAUGCUUUUCUUCAUUUCAUUUUAGAUUAGUUUUAUCCAUGUUGUAGCUUAGUCUAUCGCUUCAUCUUUUUUUUAUCUUUUCCCAUUCCAGGUUAGGUGUUUGUACUAUACCGGUAUUUCUUUUUGUCGCUCAUCCCGAGCUUUACUGUAAUAUUAAUAUACGAGUAUAUGUUAGCGAAUAGCCUAGCAGAUUAAUGAAUCGUCAUCGCUGGCA